GAGAGGGAGAGAGGCAGAAAGAGGGCACGAGGGACUUUUCUCCAAACCGACCAUGGCCAGCAGCGGUCAGCAGGCUUUGCCGUGUCUCGUGCUGCUCGCCGUCCUCGCCACCCUGGCCGCGCGCGUGACGGCGAGCUCCACCGUGAGGUACCGCGUGCUGGAGGAGCUCCCCGUGGGCUCUGUGAUCGGACGCCUCGCGGACGACGCGGCGGAAGCCCUCUCGCGCCUGCCCGUGUCGGUGUCCCCGCGUUUCCGCGCCGUCACGCGCCGGGGAGCCGCCGCUUCGUCGGCGCUCCUGGUGCGCGAGCGCGACGGCGAGAUCAGCGUGCGCGCGCGGCUGGACCGCGAGGCUCUGUGUUUUGGUGGAUUAAUGGAGGCGAACUGCACGCUGGAGUUCGACGUGCUCACGCUGCCCACGGAGCACCUCCAGCUGUUCCACGUCGUGGUGGAGCUGGUGGAUGUGAAUGACCACGCCCCGCGGUUUGCCCGGCCCAUGGUACCCGUGGAAAUCUCGGAGUCAGCAGCCGUGGGAACCCGGGUGCCUCUGGACAGCGCCACGGACCCAGAUGCGGGUGACAACGGGCUCCAGUCUUACUCCCUGGCACCGUCCAAAACCUUUGGUAUUGAUGUUCUCACCAGGCCCAAUGGUGCCAAGUAUGCCGAGCUCGUUGUGUUGGCACCACUGGACCGAGAGGAGCGUGCCAGCUACGAGCUUGAACUCACAGCAACAGAUGGUGGCGACCCACCUAGGACUGGCACCACAAUGCUCAGGAUCACCAUCGCUGACUCCAACGACAACAGCCCUGCAUUUGAAAAAUCGUCAUAUGUGGUCACCCUGGCAGAAGACGCACCGCUGGGCAUGCUGAUAGUGGACCUGAAUGCCACAGACCCAGAUGAGGGCACCAAUGGAAAGAUUGUCUACUCGUUUGGUGCACACGUGUCCCCUAAAGUCCUGGAGACUUUUAGGAUUGAUCCAGAUGAUGGUCGACUCACUCUGCUGCGCAAAGUGGACUUUGAAAUGGCCGAUUCCUAUGACAUCGAUGUCCAGGCACAGGACAUGGGGCCCAACUCCAUGCCGGCGCACUGCAAGGUGACAGUCAAGGUGCUGGACGUAAAUGACAACAAGCCAGAUGUGGCUGUGAGCCUAAUGGCGCCGGGUGAAGAGGACGUGGCAUUUGUGUCGGAAGCAGCAGCACUGGACACUUUCGUGGCGCUAGUAAGAGUGGACGAUGCUGAUUCUGGGCUGAAUGGUGAAGUCGUGUGUCGCCUGCUGGGCCAGGGGCAUUUUAGGUUGCAGAAAACGCAUGAGAAAAACUAUAUGAUAUUGACCAAUGCCAGCCUGGACAGAGAGAAAAGGUCAGAAUACAGCCUGACAGUCAUUGCGGAGGACCGUGGAGCACCUAGCCUGUCCACGGUCAAGCAUUUUACUGUGCAGGUGCAGGACGAGAAUGACAACGCCCCAAGCUUUGACAAGAGCAGGUAUGAGGUUUUCAAGGCAGAAAACAAUUCGCCUGGUGCUUAUCUGGCCACUCUUCAGGCGUCUGACCCUGACCUUGGUGCUAAUGGCCAGGUAAGCUACUCCAUCCUGGAAAGCUUGGUUCAAGGCAGCUCUAUCUCUACAUAUGUGACCGUUGACCCAUCCACGGGCGCCCUCUAUGCCUUGCGUACAUUUGACCGUGAGGAACUCAGCCAAAUCUAUUUUCUGGUGCAGGCCAGAGACUCCGGAAACCCACCCCUAAGCAGCAAUGUCUCUGUGAUCUUGAAUGUCCUAGAUGAGAAUGACAAUCGGCCAGUUAUUUUGGCGCCGCCCUUGUGGAACCACUCAGCUGAAGUCCCAGUCUCCAGGCGUGCUGAUGCUGGAGAGCUGGUGACUGUCAUCAGGGCGACGGAUCGGGAUGCUGGUGCCAAUGGUGACCUUUCGUGCCACAUCAUUGUGGGCAAUGAGGCGGGAUACUUCUCAAUGGAUAGCAGGACUUGUGAGAUCUACACUAAUGCCAGCAUGAAAGAUGUUCCGAUGGACAGAGUGGACAUCACGGUUCUGGUGCAGGACCACGGGUCAGAGCCGCUGGGGACCAAAGCUGUGCUAAGGCUGACACUGUACGAGAACCUGGCUGAUCAUCACCAGACGCCCUACCAGACAGGCAGUGGAAGUGGAGGGGAAAACGUCCCGGACGCUUCCACCAUCAUCAUCAUCUCUCUGGGUGCAGUAUGUGGUCUCCUGCUGAUCAUCAUGGUGGCAUUCGCUCUGCGAUGCUCGCGAGACAAGAAGGACACGCACUCCUACAACUGCAGAGUGGCCGAGUCCACAUACCAGCAACAUCCCAGGAAACCAUCCCGGCAAAUCCACAAAGGAGAGAUCACCCUGGUUCCGACCGUCAACGGCACCCUGCCGAUCCGGGCACAUCACCAUGGCAGCUCACCCGGAAACUCACCCGGCCAACAGAGGGCGCACAUGAGCAGCCGGCAGAGUCACCACAGCCACCAAUCACUGAACAGCCUCGUCACUAUCUCGUCCAAUCACAUCCCAGAAAGCUUCGCCCUGGAGCUCACGCAUGCCACGCCCCCUGUGGAGCAAGUUUCACAGCUGCUCUCCCUACUCCAUCAGGGUCAGUAUCAGCCUCGGCCCAGCUUCAGAGGAAACAAAUACACUCGCAGCUACAGGUACGCCCUCCAAGACAUGGAUAAGUUCAGUCUGAAGGAUAGUGGGCGGGGCGACAGUGAUGCGGGCGACAGCGACUGCGAGACGGGCCGCGAUUCGCCAAUCGACCGGUUGCUAGGCGACGGCUUCGGGGAGCUUUUCCACAUAGAUGGACAGAACAGGCUCCACCCAGUAGUGAUGAAGCUGUGUACGGACGAGUGUCGUGUGCUGGGUCACUCCGAUCAGUGCUGGAUGCCCUCAAUGUCCUCCACCGAUUACCGCACCAACAUGUUCAUUCCCGGGGAGGAGAGCCGGCCGCGGCUGCUGGAUGACGACCAGCGUUCGGUCGACUCCAACCGCAAGAGCUUCUCCACUUUCGGGAAGGACUCGCAGGAGGAGGAGGAGGAGGAGGACGGCGGAGGAGGAGGAAGCUCGCUGCUCUCCGAGAUGAACACCGUCUUCCAGCGGCUCCUUCCUCCGUCUUACGCCGAGCUCGGCGACGACUCCGCCCCUUCCGCCGUCGCCGCGGAGACCAGGAAGUGUUUCCUGCCCGGGAAGGCGGGACCGGCGGCCGCGAGCCCCGCCUACCAGCAGGGCGUGGCGGCCUGGGCCGCGAACACGCACUUCCAGAACCCCAGCGGGGUCGCGGUGGCGACGGGUCACGGUCCGACCAACCACGCGUCGGCGCAGACGCACCUGAAGUGGCUGCCGGCCAUGGAGGAGAUCCCGGAGAACUACGAGGAGGACGAGAUGGACAAACGCAACGAAGCCGUGGGCGAACUAGCCGCCGAGAUUAGCAAACUGCUGCAGGACGUCCGCGACAUCUGAAGAGCGAGAACCAAAACGAGAACCAAGACGAGACUGAAAUGACCGUCAGCUAACAGACUGCUGUAAGACGUCCGUCGGAACCAGCGAUGCGUUCGGACCGUCCUCGGAAACUCGCGCCAAGAGACACGUUUGCUGCUUUAGCUUUAGCACCGGUGCUACCAGGCUAACAUUAGGUUGCUAAGUAAUGGAUGCUUAUACCUAGCCAGCUAGCAUGGUGCUAACUGCCUACCUGAAUCCGUGUAGAUUGUUAAGCAGUCGCUAAUAGACUUUAUAACACUUUAUGACACCCAGUCACCUGUAAACAUGGACUAAAAUAUGAUAACGCUAAUCUACUUUCAUACACUAAAUGCAGCCCAUUCAAAUGCACAGCUAUGGAUUUGUGCAUUAGCACAGCUAAGCUUUCCACUUUUUGAUGCUUAACGAUCUCAGAUAGCCUUGAUUAUGUGGUCACUAUCACUGUCAUCGAUAAACAUGCAAUAAAGUAUGUUAGCGUAGCAUUAGCAUGGCUUAAACAGCAACAGCAGCCUUGCUAAAGCUUGAAUUUUGUCCAUACUUUCGUACCCGACGCAGUCUGAGGCGAGUCUGCCGUGGUUCGGAUGCAGUUAGCGCCGUGCUAAUUGGUGGGGUGUCAGCUACCAUUGCUAGUUAGCUACAUUAGCCUCAGUAGAUCAAGUAGACCAAGCUGGCUUUGGUCCAUCCCAGCGGAAAUGAACACGUUUCACGUCCGGUUGGUACGCGAGUUCACGAGGAGUUCACGAGGACCGUCCGAGUGCACGGCAAAACCAAAAUAUACACGAGAUUAAAAAAAUUAAAAAAGACCCUGGAACGUCUCUUCCUCUCCCUCUCUCCCUUCCUCUCCCUCUCUCCCUUCCUCUCCCUCCUCUCCCUCCAUCACUCUGAGUGGAAUAAUCACGGAGAGAGAGAGCGAGCGAGAGAGGUUUAAGCGCUGAAGCCUUCACCCACUUGUCAAUAGCGUGACUGUGUUU